AUGCAGUUUUCCACAGCUCACGGCGAUGUGAGCUCCGUCCUGGCCACGCUGGUGAAAACUGACGCCGCGCAGCCAUAUCUGAGGCGUCCACGCGUCGUCGCCCGGCCAGGCAGACUCGCCUCGGAGCAGGUUUUCGACGAGGGCCAACUUGUUGGAGGUUCUCAUGGUAUACCAACAAAGCGCGCAAAAGGCGCAUCCCCGGUCUGCGGACGCCUUGAGCGUUCCGAUGUCGGGUUGGAAUGGGACGUCCUGUUCGACCAGUCCAUCGAUGGAAAGGAGGCUGCAGCGGUCACAUAG